UGUUCUGGACCUCGGACCAGUAGCACCUUGGACUUUAGUUCUCCCCGCACUUUGAUGAUUGGAUACCACUAUUUCCCAUAUUCGCGGGUCCGCAGUAGAAUCUCGAUCUGGGGGGUGUAAUUAGUAUAACAGCGUGCCUGUGUAUGAACUGUACCGUAUCUUGAUCCGUCGAGACUUGAGCUGAACGUUGAACCAGUUCCUGACCAGUUCCUCGCCGUACGUGUGAUGCCAUGCUGAUAAGAGCCCGGAGAUCGAGUCACGGUGUAUGACCAUAUAGUUCACACCAAAAGAAGAAUGCAGUCUGCUGCACCGCGAGAAGGCGUCCGUGUGCAACCUCAAGCUUGUCCAGAUCCAUCAUGGCCACACCUCAACUCGCUGCAUUCAGGGUUCCUGCCAUUGACAAUGAGGCUAUGGCAAGUGAUAUCAACCGCUGCUCGAGCUAUGCUCCUGGCUCGAAAGAACGUAAGGAUCUGGAGGAGGCCUUGAAACAGAUGCAACAGGAACUGCCGUUCGAGGUGCCGUGUGUGGUGAACGGGAAGGAGGUCAAGACCGGCAAGAUCGCUCAGCAGCCCAUCCCGCACGCCCAUGCAACACAUCUGUGCUCCUAUCAUGAAGCAGACCAGGCGACUGUUGCCGCAGCCAUUGAUGGUGCACUGGCCGCGAAGGCUGAAUGGGAGGCCAUGCCAUGGAACGACCGCGCGGCCAUCUUCCUCAAGGCUGCUGAUCUUGUCAGUGGCAAGUAUCGCUACAAGCUGAUGGCAGCGAGCAUACUGGGGCAGGGUAAGAAUGCCUGGCAGGCUGAGAUUGACGCUGCUGCGGAGCUCUCCGAUUUCCUGCGUUUCGGCGUGAAGUAUGUCGAGGAGCUCUACGCUCAGCAGCCACCAAAGAACAGUGCCGGGAGCUGGAACCGGGUUGAGUACCGAGCCCUCGAAGGUUUCGUCCUCGCGGUGUCACCAUUCAAUUUUACCGCCAUUGGCGGCAAUCUCUCAGGAGCACCGGCACUGGUGGGCAACACCGUUGUGUGGAAACCAUCACCCAUGGCAGUAUAUGCGAACUAUCUGACCCACAAGAUAUUCUUGGAGGCUGGUAUACCGCCGGGUGUCAUUCAGUUCGUCCCUGGGCCCGCCGAGGAGGUAGUCGGUCAAGCCAUCGCGAACCCGAACUUCGCAGCGCUGCACUUUACGGGCAGCACGUUCAUCUUCAAGAAGCUGUGGAAGGACAUUGCUUCCAACUUGGACAAGUACAAGGGCUACCCCCGAAUCGUCGGUGAGACGGGUGGCAAGAACUUCCAUAUCGUUCAUCCCUCUGCCGAGUUGAAAAACGCCGUGAUGCAGAGCAUCCGAGGCGCCUUCGAGUACCAAGGUCAGAAGUGCUCAGCGCUCUCCCGUCUCUAUGUUGCCUCCUCCAUCUGGAAGGCCGGUUUCAAGGAGCAACUCGUCAACGAGGUGGCAAAACUCAAAGUUGGCCCUCCCACCGAUUUCACGACAUUCAUCGGACCGGUCAUCGGGCGUCCGGCGUUCCAGAAGGUGACAGGUUAUAUUCAGAAGGCCAAAGAGGCAGGCGGUGAAAUACUGGUCGGCGGCUCCUACGAUGAUUCGGAAGGCUUCUUCGUACAGCCAACCGUCAUCCUGACCACUGAUCCUCACUUCGUCACCCUGGAGGAAGAAGUCUUCGGUCCCGUCUUGACGGUGUACGUGUAUGAGGAUGAUGAUUAUGAGAAGACCCUUGACCUGAUCGACACGACAUCGCCCUACGCCUUGACCGGAGCAAUCUUCGCUCAGGACCGCAAGGCUCUGCUGAAGGCUACCAACAGAUUGCGCAACGCCGCGGGCAACGUCUACUACAACGAGAAGUGCACGGGUGCCGUUGUCGGCCAGCAGCCGUUCGGCGGUGCGCGCGCGAGCGGCACGAAUGACAAGGCCGGGAGCAUGUCAAUAUUCUACCGCUUCGUCUCUGCAAGGAGCAUCAAGGAGAACUUCGUCGGCCUCGAGGACUACCUCUACCCGUCGAACUUGGUCUAG